CCCCGGAUGUUCGUUGGGGAUUCAACAUGGCGGCGGCAGUGGCCGCGGUGGCGGCGGCGCCAGAGAGCUGAGGGCGGCGCGAGGGCGCCGAGUUCCGGGCCGAGCAGCGAGGCCGCGAGCGACUGCGGCGCCGAGCCGAUGAGUAACCCGAAGCCCCAGGAGGAGACCUCGCCUGCCCAGAGGCACUUCUAGCACAGCCAGCAUCAAACCAGGUCUGCCGUAGGAGCCCAAGUCUGCGCCCCCGGGGCGCUGACAGCCUCGGCGCCAUGUUCGGGAAGAAGAAGAAGCGGGUUGAGAUCUCGGCGCCGUCCAACUUCGAGCACCGCGUGCACACGGGCUUCGACCAGCACGAGCAGAAGUUCACGGGGCUGCCCCGCCAGUGGCAGAGCCUGAUCGAGGAGUCGGCCCGCCGGCCCAAGCCCCUCAUUGACCCCGCCUGCAUCACCUCCAUCCAGCCCGGGGCCCCCAAGACCAUCGUGCGGGGCAGCAAAGGCGCCAAGGAUGGGGCCCUCACCCUGCUGCUCGACGAGUUUGAGAACAUGUCGGUGACACGCUCCAACUCCCUGCGGAGAGACAGCCCGCCGCCACCCGCCCGUGCCCGCCAGGAGAACGGGAUGCCCGCGGAGCAGGCUGCCACGGCCAGAGGGGGCCCGGAGAAGGCGGGCGGCCAUGGCCGGGUCGCCGGUCGCAGCGAAGGGGGUGGCAGCAGUGGUGACAGGCGGCGGGCGGGGCCGGAGAAGAGGCCCAAGUCUUCCAGGGAGGGCUCAGGGGGCCCCCAGGAGUCUUCCCGGGACAAGCGCCCCCUCUCCGGGCCUGACGUCGGCACCCCCCAGCCUGCCAGUCUGGCCAGUGGGGCGAAAGUGGCAGCUGGCCGGCCCUUUAACACGUACCCGAGGGCUGACACGGACCACCCGUCCCGGGGCACCCAGGGGGACCCUCACAACCUGGCCCCCAAUGGGCCGUCAGCAGGGAGCCUGGCUGUCCCCCAGUCCUCCUCCUCCUCCUCCUCCCGGCCUCCCACCCGAGCCCGCGGCACCCCCAGCCCUGGAGUGCUGGGCCCCCACGCUUCUGAGCCCCAGCUGGCCCCUGCAGCCCGCACCGUCGCCGCCCCUGCCGUCCCCCCCGCCCCCGGGCCCCCCGGCCCCCGCUCGCCUCAGCGGGAGCCCCAGCGAGUGUCGCACGAGCAGUUCCGGGCCGCCCUGCAGCUGGUGGUGGACCCUGGGGACCCUCGCUCCUACCUGGACAACUUCAUCAAGAUCGGCGAGGGCUCCACGGGCAUCGUGUGCAUUGCCACUGUACGCAGCUCGGGCCGGCUGGUGGCCGUCAAGAAGAUGGACCUGCGCAAGCAGCAGAGGCGCGAGCUGCUCUUCAACGAGGUGGUGAUCAUGAGGGACUACCAGCACGAGAACGUGGUGGAGAUGUACAACAGCUACCUGGUCAGGGAUGAGCUCUGGGUGGUGAUGGAGUUCCUGGAGGGAGGCGCCCUCACCGACAUCGUCACCCACACCAGGAUGAACGAGGAGCAGAUAGCCGCCGUGUGCCUGGCCGUGCUGCAGGCCUUGUCCGUGCUCCACGCGCAGGGUGUCAUCCACCGGGACAUCAAGAGCGACUCCAUCCUGCUGACCCACGACGGCAGGGUGAAGCUGUCAGACUUCGGGUUCUGCGCCCAGGUGAGCAAGGAGGUGCCACGGAGGAAGUCACUGGUUGGCACGCCCUACUGGAUGGCCCCGGAGCUCAUCUCCCGCCUUCCCUACGGGCCAGAGGUGGACAUCUGGUCUCUGGGGGUGAUGGUGAUUGAGAUGGUGGACGGGGAGCCCCCCUACUUCAACGAGCCACCCCUCAAAGCCAUGAAGAUGAUUCGGGACAACCUGCCACCCCGACUGAAGAACCUGCACAAGGUGUCACCAUCUCUGAAGGGCUUCCUGGACCGCCUGCUGGUGCGCGACCCGGCGCAGCGGGCCACGGCGGCCGAGCUGCUGAAGCAUCCGUUCCUGGCCAAAGCGGGCCCGCCCGCCAGCAUCGUGCCCCUCAUGCGCCAGAACCGCACCAGAUGAGGCGCAGCGCCCGGCCUGAACCAAAGAGCCCCUGGGGUCACCCCCGCCCUGCCGGAGGCCAGCAGGGGGCGCCCCCGCUCCUCCCAGCCCAGGAGACACUCCAUGCGGCACCGCCCUCCUGGCUGGGGGUGGGGGUGUGCGGGCCCCACUACUGAACUCUGGUUUGGAUUUUGUGACUUUUCAAAAAACACAGGGACUCGUGGGAGCAAGUGAGGCUCCCGGGACCCCCCCACCCUCCAGGACAGGCCCUCCCUGUGUUUUCCUGUCUCUAGGAAGGACAGGCGGCCCUCCCAUCACUGGAAGUCUGCAGUGGGGGCCGCUGGGGGUGGAGAGAACACUAUGGAAGAGGUGUGUGUGUGUGUGCGCGCGUACGCCU